UUCUAUAUAUAGAUUGUAUAGGAAUUGUAAUUCAUCAAGCUUGUAAUACAUCAAUCAAUAAUAUACAUCAAUUUUUCUUACAUGGUAUCAGAGCUAGGUUAAGAACUUAGUGAUUCCGCUUCAUCGGCGGGCGGCAGCCUCACCUUGGCCGUCCGCCGGACAAACCAAAAUUUUCUAAUUCUCUCUCUCCUUCCUCCAUACCCUCACCCACAUACCAGUGCACAAAAGCCUCUCUCUCUGUCGGCCCUGCAUCGUAAUGGAGGCGGCUGUUGUAACUCAAACGAAUGUUGGUGCUGCUGCUAAUCAGGACAAGGAUCAAUCUCAUUCCGAAGUCAAGCUCUUCACCAGAUGGGUCUUUGACACCAUUCAGAUCAGUGACAUGUCUGUAACAGAUUACAUUGCUGUGAAUCCUGUAACGCACGCAACUUAUGUGCCUCACACAGCUGGAAGGUACUCAGUCAAGCGGUUUAGGAAAGCCCAGUGCCCAAUUGUGGAGAGGCUGACCAACUCUUUGAUGAUGCAUGGGCGACACAAUGGUAAGAGGCUUAUGGCGGUCCACAUUGUUAAGCAUGCAAUGGAAAUUAUCCAUCUGCUGACUGAUCUACAUCCCAUUCAAAUCAUUGUUGAUGCUGUUAUCAACAGUGGACCAAGGGAAGAUGCAACCAGAAUUGGUUCUCGGUUGGGAGAGAGAAGACACUCAACCACACCACUCUCACAAGAGCAUCUCUCUCAUCUCCGAACAAGUCUCUCUCAUCCUCAAAGAGAUCGAUUCUUCUCAGAAAAAAAGAUCUUUCACGCCCAACAUCGCAAACGAGCUCAAACUCUUCCUCACACAACACGAGCUUCCACUUGGCCGAGAUUCACGAACUGGGAUCACUGA